AGGAAUGCAGUGGCAGUGUUUAGUGUUCCCUUUUCUCCAAUUAACUGACUGAUAAGUUUUUAUCAAAGUAUAUGUUUCUUUCGAAUAGUAUGAAAGGGUUUACGCUGCCCUUUUUACUGCUCGCUUUACGAUUUAUUUGCUGGAAUGAAUGCUGUGCCUUCGAAGCCAACGAUAGAGAUGAUGAUGUAGUGAGGUUGUUGGUAAGGCGAGGUGCCGGCGGUGAAGCCGGCAGUCUACCGCCGACGACGAAGACCACCUCUGCAGCAGCGCCUGUAGACGGCAUUAGUGAAGAAACGUCGAUGGUCAAUGGAACAGGGGAUAAGCUGAAUUCUUCUACUCCAGCCACUUUGACUGACGUUCUUUCCACGGAGCAAGCAACAGUCCAAGAUCAUCAACUACCUGCUGGUAAUUCAGCUGAAGAGGAACACUCUAGCAGCUUAGCGCUGUUCUUCAUUCUCCUCAUUCUGGCUCUGUCCAUCAUCCUUGUUCAUCUGCUGAUUAAGUUCAAGUUUCACUACCUCCCGGAGAGCGUGGCCGUCGUUGGUCUGGGCGUACUCAUCGGACUGGUGUCUUUACUCAUGAAGAACGUCAAGAUCGCUGAGUACAACCUAACGGAUUAUGAGAUGAUGGACCCUACCAUGUUCUUUCUCAUCCUCCUACCUCCCAUCAUCUUUGAGUCGGGCUACUCUUUGCAUAAGGGUAACUUCUUCCAGAACAUCGGUUCUAUCCUGGUUUUUGCAGUCUUUGGAACGGUCAUCUCAGCUAGUGUUGUUGGAGGGGGGUUAUUUCUUCUGGGACAGGCUAAGGUAGCGUACGAGCUAGACCUGGUGGAGAGCUUUGCCUUUGGGUCUCUCAUCUCGGCUGUGGAUCCUGUGGCGACCCUAGCGAUCUUCUCGGCCAUUGACGUUCAUCCACUCCUCAACAUGCUGGUGUUUGGUGAGAGUAUCCUGAACGAUGCCGUCUCCAUUGUAAUGUCUGACACUGUGAUCAGGUUGAAUACACCAGCGAUGGCCAACGUCUCCUCAACAGAGGCCUUUGGUUCUGCUGUAGGCUCAUUCUGUCUUAUGUUCAGUGCAUCCGCUGCAGUCGGCAUAGCUCUUGGACUCAUCAGUGCUCUCCUCCUGAAGCAUGUCGAUCUAAGAAAGACCCCAUCCCUUGAAUUUGGAAUCAUUAUGAUCUUCUCUUACCUGCCCUACGUUCUGUCAGAAGGACUCAAACUCUCCGGUAUCAUGUCGAUAUUGUUCUGCGGGAUCGUCAUGUCUCACUACACUCAUCACAACCUCUCACCCAUCACUCAGAUCAACGUGCAACAGACAUUCAGAACCCUGGCAUUCUUGGCAGAGACUUGCGUGUUUGUGUACCUUGGUCUGGCUAUACCAACGUUUAAUCACAAUUUCCAGCCCUCGUUCACAAUCUGGACAUUAAUCCUGAUCCUGGUAGGCAGAGCCCUCAACAUAUUCCCACUGUCGUUUAUCUGCAAUAAAUUCCGAGAGCACAAGAUCACCUUGAAGAUGCAGCUGGUCAUGUGGUUCAGUGGGUUACGGGGCGCCAUCGCAUACGCGCUAAGUCUCCACUUGAUGUUUGGGAACGAGACGCGACACGUCUUGGUAACGACCACACUCACCAUCGUACUCUUCACCGUGGUGGUCAUCGGAGGACUCACAAUGCCGUUAUUGAAGUUCAUCAAUCCAGGAUCAGAUAAACCCAAGAAGGAAAUUACACUCAGCAAAACAGAAGAUCUGGGGAGUGCUGUGGAUACGGAGCACUUGUCUGAACUGACAGAGGAAGAGUACGAAGUCAACUACGUCAGAUCCCACCUCACAGGCUUCAUCAAAUGGGACACCAAAUACUUUGUGCCAUUCUUUACACGACGAUAUACAAACAAGGAAUUAAUUGCUGGGAGAAUUCAAAUGCGUCACCUUGCCAACCAGUGGUACUCCGAAGUCCGAGGCACAAAGUCCGAUACGGAGGAAGAGCUGGAGACGAGUCUAAUGACAGCUGCUAUGGCCAAGUAACCAAUCAGCAUCCCUCAUUGAAAUAAGACGCAAUCUGAUUGGUCUGCAUAAUUCAAGGUGAUGUUUGGCCAAUCAGUCAGUCAGGUAUGAUACAUCUCUGGUUUGUGGAAGAAUUUUUUCUUUUUUUUUUCAACUAGGUUUCUCGUGAUAGUUUGCAUCGGGAUUAAGAAUAUAAUUUAGUUUUUUUUCUCAUUCACGAUGUUUGUUUAACACUAUAUACUCAGAAUUUUUCCGAGUGGAUUUUCUUUCACAGGCCUCUUAAAAAUACUGAGGAUACAGUGCUUAAUAUAAUCUCUAUCGCCUAUGCAAAACUAGGAUUAGAACUGCCUCUAGCCACUGGGAUAGCUCUGUGAUCUAGUGGUAAGACAUCUGCUCUAGCAAUGCAA